AUGCUGUCAUUCUGGGAUGUGGCCAUUGAUUUUACUCCAGAAGAGUGGGAAUGCCUGGAGCCUGCUCAGUGGGAUCUGUACAGGGAUGUGAUACUGGAGAAUUAUAGCCACCUUGAUUUCUUGGGUCUUACUGUCUGCAAGCCACACCUGGUGACAUUUCUGGAGCAAAGACAAGGGCCUUGGGAUGUGAAGAAACAAGCACCAGCCCCUCUGCAUCCAGGAACAACACCCAAUAAUUAUAACAAUUAUAGCAAGACCACUGAUUGUAAUUCACUCCUUAUUCAACACCAGAGAAUCCAUACAGGGAAGAAACCCUACAAAUGUGAAGAAUGUGGUAAGGCUCUUAGUUCUCGCUCAACACUUUUCAUACACCAGAGACUUCAUACUGGAGACAAACCCUAUAAGUGUAAAGAAUGCCAUAAGGCCUUCAGCACUCGCUCAUCACUUUUUAUACACCAGAAAAAUCAUACUGAUGAAAAAACCUAUAAGUGUGAAGAAUGUGGCAAAUUAUUUUACUAUCCAUCAAUGCUGAAGCAACAUCAAAGAAUUCAUUCUGGAGAGAAGCCCUACAAGUGUGAAGAAUGUGGCAAAGCUUUCUAUGAUCCUUCAUUCCUGAAACAACAUCAAAGGAUUCAUUGUGAAAAGAAACCAUACAAAUGUGAAGAAUGUGGGAAAACAUUUUCCUCUGCUUUAAUCCUUAACAAACAUAAAGGAAUUCAUUCUGGACAGAAAAAGUACAAGUGUGAAGAAUGUGGCAAAUCCUUUUGCUAUCCUUCAUUCCUUAAGCAACAUCAAAGAAUUCAUUCUGGAGAGAAUCCCUACAAGUGUGAAAACUGUGGGAAAAGAUUUUACUGUUCUCCACACCUUCAGGAACAUCAAAAAGUUCAUACUGGAGAAAAACCAUAUAACUGUGAAGAAUGUCACAAAGCCUUUCGUAAUCACUCAGCCCUUAGGAAACACAAGACAGUUCAUACUGGAGAGAAACCCUACAAGUGUGAACUGUGUGGAAAAGGAUUUACUAAGCCCUCUGUCCUUACUGAGCACAAGAUAGCUCAUACUGGAGAGAAACCCUACAAGUGUGAGGAGUGUGGCAAAUGUUUUUCCUCUUCUUCAGCCCUUAAAAGGCAUCAAAGAAUUCACUCUGAAGACAAUCCCUACAAGUGUGGGGAAUGUGGCAGAGCCUUUUCUACACUUUCUACCCUUACUCAGCACAAGUUUGUUCAUUCUGGAGAGAAGCCAUACAAGUGUGAAGAAUGCGGGAAAGCUUUUUCUUAUAAUUUUUCUUUGAUCCAGCACAAAUUAAGUCAUACUGGAGUGAAAUCUUAUCAGUGUGAAGAAUGUAAAAAAAUGUUUUACUCUACUUCAAAAUUGAAGAAACAUAAAAGACUUCAUUGUCAAGAGAAACUGUACAAGUGUGAAGUCUGUGGAAAAGCCUUUUCUAGUAAUUCUUCCCUGGUUCAGCACAAAAUAGUUCAUACUAGAGAGAAAUGCCACAAGUGUGAAGAAUGUGGCAAAAUGUUUGCCUGUACCUCAAAACUGAAGAGACAUAAAAGAACUCAUUGUCAAGAGAAACCUUUCAAAUGUGAAGUAUGUGGUAAGGAAUUUCGUACUCGCCCAGAACUUUCUGUUCACAGGAGAACUCACACCAUUGAGAAACCACACAAAUGUGAAGAAUGUGGAAAAACUUUUUGUACUUUCUCAUACCUUACUGUGCACAAAUUACAUCAUACCGGGGAGAAAUCUUGUAAAUGUGAAGAAUGUGGCAAAAUGUUUUACUCUACUUUAGACCUUAAAAAGCACCAAAAAAUUCAUACUGGAGAAAAGCCAUACAAGUGUGAAGAAUGCCACAAAGCCUUUACCACACAUACAACCCUCAAGAGACACAAGACAGUUCAUUCUGGAGAGAAACCCUACAAGUGUGAACUGUGUGGAAAAGGAUUUAUUAAGCCUUCUGUACUUACUGAGCACAAGAUAGCUCAUACUGGAGAGAAACCCUACAAGUGUGAGGUGUGUGGCAAAGUUUUUUCCUAUUCUUCAGAUCUUAAAAGACAUCAAAUAAUUCAUUCUGAAGACAAUCCCUACAAGUGUGGGGAAUGUGGGAAAGCUUUCACUAAGUUGUACACCCUUACUCAGCACAAGAUUGUUCAUACUGGAGAGAAACCAUUCAAGUGUGAAGAGUGUGGCAAAGGAUUUUCCUGUUCUUCCUAUGUUAAGGUACACAAAACAAUUCAUUCUGAAGAGAAUAACCACAAGUGUGAGGAAUGUGGCAAAGUCUUUGUCAAUCAUUAUACCCUUUCUCGACACAAGACAGUUCAUACUGGAGAGAAAUCCUACAGAUGUAAUAAAAAGUUUACAUGUUUGUAGCCCUUCAAAGACAUCAAAUAACUCAUUCUGAAUAGAAGUUCCACAAGCAUGUGGAAUGUGGCAAAGCCUUUGAUGAUGAUUUAUACUUUAUGCAGCACAAAUGAAUGUGUUGAGUAGGGAAGCUAUGCACAUGUGAAGAAUGGUGAGUGCUUUAACUCUCAGUCAACACCCUCUACCAUCAGUAACAUUCAUUCUGCAGCAAAACAGUCCAAACAUGAAUGGAGUGACUGACACUUAGUGUUUUCUUAUAUCUUAAAUAACACAACAAUCUUCAUCCUGAAAAUCAAAGCUAUAAUGUAAAGGAUGUAGUGAAGGUUUCAGUUAUUAUUCAGUCCUGAUUCAACCUCAGUAAUUCUCACCUGAGAGAAACCCUACUCAUGUGCAGAAUAGGACCAGGACUUAGCUGUUCCUCAUGUCUAUGUAAGAUUUGGAGAAUUCAUUGUGAUGAAGCCAACAAAGGCAAUCAACAUAGCAAGUUCUCUACCUUUUCUUCGCA